AUGGCGUUGGCUACAGUUACCCAUAGUGUUACACAUCUUGAUCAACCACCAGACCAACAACAACAGCAGCAGCUACUUCAGCAGCAACAAUUAACGAGAAAGACAUCACUUAUCCGUAGUUUGAAGCAUCGUCGUACGUCCUCAAAUGGGUCAACUUCGACUCCUUCUUCUUUGAAUAAGUUUAAUUUCUUCAAAAAGGAUGGUGUGGACAGCAAGACGCAUUCCCGAAAAGUGAGUGAAAGUUCAAUUCACAGUCUCAAUGGAACCGCAUUUAGUACUCCACCGUUGGUUAAUCGCAAUAGUUUUAAUGGAAGUUUUGCUAGGGCCGAUGUUAUUGAUGAAGAUAAAGUGCCUGGGUUUGAGUUUGUCAACGAGCCCAGUAAUUUGGGGAUUGCUGGUAUUAAAGCUGAGAUUUCUUCACUUAUGUCUACCAAGCUGGAACUUGAAACUGGGUUAAUUACGUUGAAGGUUGAGAGGCUGCAAUUGGAAGAACUGUUGAGGAAACUUCUGAAACAGGUUACGUUUGAAGAGUCAAAAUUGAAUGAGCUCCAUAAACAGGUUGCCGAAUUACAAGGCACUAAGGCAAGAUUGACUGAAGAGAAUAACCAAUUACGGGAACAAAAUCGACAUUACAAGCUUACCAGAUCUUCAAGUAUAGAAACUGAUUCAAGUUCACCUUUGAAUAAACCUACUGAUCUUGCCGAAUCCGUGACUACCCUUGGUGAAUCCACAACAUCUAAUGAAGAUGAACAAUCUCAUAAAGCCACUAGACUCAGGUUCUGGAGACGCCAAAAGAACUUGGUUACUACUAAUGCGCCAGUGGCUACCAUUCCUGAAUCAGCACAAUCAAGUACUAGUAGUGUACCUUCCAGUUUCCUGGCCCAAGGAUUACGAAUCAGCCAACCAGUUAGCAACAGUGUAUCUGGAAGUAAAUUCCACCGUUCGAUUUCCACCAAUAUUCUCGACUCAUUUUUGGGUGAUCAUCAACAGAGCCAUGAUUUGUUUUCUAGUACUAUUCAAGCUCGAGCUGAUUAUGAAGGGACAAAAGUUCCAUUUAUUAUAACCAAAUGUAUUUCUGUGGUUGAGCUCCGCGGGUUAGAAUCUGAAGGGAUAUACAGAAUUUCCGGUGGUAAUUCGACUAUAGUUGCCAUUGAAACCGCAUUUGCCAAUUUAGCACCAGGUGUCACUGAAGAUAAGAAGUUGGAAGAGUUGAUGUCGGGGGAUAUCAAUGCCGUUACAUCAGCGUUGAAGAGGUAUUUACGCAAAUUAAAUGAUCCAAUAAUCCCAUUCGGUUUAUAUGAUGAGUUUAUUCGGGUAUCUACCUCUAAUCCACGAGAACGCCGGGCACAAGAGUUGAAGAAGGUAAUUUACAAAUUGCCACGGGCAAAUAGACACACAUUGUGGUUAUUGUGCAACCAUUUGAAGUUGGUUAGUUCGAUGCAGAAUGUGAACCGAAUGGGAUUCAAGAAUUUGGCGGUGGUGUUUGCCCCGACUUUGGCCAGAGAUUCUACUGGAGAACGAGAAAUGACCGAUAUGGGGGCCAGAAACGACAGUACUGAAUGUUUGUUGACUGAAUGUGAAGAAGUGUUUGCUGGGUACCUGGGAUGA